CACGUAAUUCUUGUCAACGUUUUUAAAAUCAAUGGUCUAACAAAUUUCGUUUUCUUCAUAUAAAAUUUUAACGAAAUUGAUAGAAAGCACAGCCGCCUUAAGCGUGACCAAUCAGUUCGGUAUACGUAAGUAGAAUUAGAUUAUGAGGGAUGAAUUAAUUGUAUGAACAGCAAGGAGUUUCGGAAUGGGCGGUAGGUUGCAUUCCUUGUUCGGCAACCUUACAAAUAAAUAACCAUUCUUUGAAGAGCAUUAUCACAUCCAUAUAGAAGCAGCUCUUCCUUUCCAAGAAUAGCUAAGCCCGAUUUCAUCAUACAGCUAAGCCAGGUUUCCUAGUUACAGAAACUUUUUUGUCCAAAGAAAGCAAUGGCAAGUGAUGGAGUUGUCACUGUUUAUGGCAAUGGCACAAUUACUGACACAAAGAAAUCGUCAUAUGCCUGCAAGGUUGGUCUGGCUCAAAUGCUAAGAGGGGGAGUUAUCAUGGAUGUUGUUAAUGCUGAACAGGCUAGAAUUGCUGAAGAGGCAGGGGCUGUAGCUGUGAUGGCCUUGGAGCGUGUCCCUGCUGACAUCAGAGCUCAAGGAGGAGUUGCCAGAAUGAGUGAUCCGGGUCUCAUCAAGGAGAUCAAGAAUGCAGUAACUAUACCUGUCAUGGCCAAAGCUAGAAUAGGCCAUUUUGUUGAAUCCCAAAUUCUUGAGGCAAUUGGUAUUGAUUAUGUUGAUGAGAGUGAAGUUCUCACUGUUGCAGAUGAUGCACACCACAUCAACAAACACAACUUCCGCAUACCAUUUGUGUGUGGGUGCAGGAACCUUGGUGAGGCACUGAGAAGGAUCGCUGAAGGAGCUGCUAUGAUCAGGACUAAAGGAGAAGCUGGCACAGGGAAUAUUAUUGAGGCUGUAAGACAUGUGAGAUCUGUCUUGGGUGAUAUACGAAGACUUCAGAGCUUAGAUGAUGAUGAGGUUUUUUCCUUUGCCAAACAGAUUGCCGCUCCCUAUGAGCUUGUGAGGCAAACCAAACAGCUGGGAAGGCUUCCUGUUGUCAACUUUGCAGCAGGAGGUGUGGCUACACCUGCUGAUGCUGCCUUGAUGAUGCAGCUGGGUUGUGAUGGAGUUUUUGUGGGUUCUGGUGUGUUCAAAAGUGGUGAUCCAGCUCGCAGGGCUCGAGCUAUUGUUCAGGCUGUGACUCAUUAUAAUGAUCCCCAUAUACUGGCUGAGGUUAGCUGCGAUUUAGGAGAUGCAAUGGUUGGUAUUAAUCUCAACGAUGCAAAAGUGGAGCGAUAUGCAGAGAGGUCGGAGUAGAAUAUGAAGAUUAGCCAAAGAAGGGACCUGGUUUAGGUGCCCAGUAGUUGAUUGAAUUAAUUAUGUAAUAAGGCAUAAAUUAAAACCCAUAGCUGUAUUUCAACCACUUGAUGAACGAACUCAAUAUGUAGCAACAUUUAUUAUUGUUGUAGUGAACUUACUAUUCUCCUUUUUAGUAAUUCACAUUGAAUGAAACUACUUGUAACCAAUAGCAAGAUUUCUUUGA